CGAACGGAAGUGACGUUUUUAGUAAGCGUUGGAGACCCUUUGCUUGUAUAGUGAAGGACCCGGAUGACCCUGUUUUGUCGAUGGCGGACCGCGGCUGGGGCGAGAUGGCUGUAGACAUUCAGCCAGCCUGCCUUGGACUUUAUUGUGGGAGAACGGUAGAAAUUAUCAACGGGACUGAAAUCCAUGGAAAUUGUGGGGUAUGUCCAAGAGGACAAAGAACAGAUGACCAAAAAAUCUGCCGGCAGUGUGAGGGAUCUCCAGAACGCUAUGACUGGCUUUAUCUCGGCUUUAUGGCAAUGCUUCCUUUGAUUUUGCAUUGGUUCUUCAUUGAAUGGUAUUCAGGCAAAAAAAGCUCCAGUGCAGUGUUCCAGCACGCCACGGCUUUAAUUGAAUGCAGUGUGGCAGCAGUUGUUACGUUGCUUGUGAGCAGUCCCUUGGGCUCUCUGCAGAUCCGGUCAUGCAAGGUGAAGAUGCUGUCCGACUGGUACACCAUGCUUUACAAUCCAAGCCCUGACUAUGUCACCACUAUUCACUGCACACAUGAAGCCGUCUACCCUUUAUACACCAUUGUGUUCAUAUAUUACGCCUUCUGUCUAGUAUUAAUGAUGCUGCUUCGGCCGCUUCUGGUGAAGAAGAUUGCUUGUGGGCUGGGGAAGUCGGAUCGAUUUAAGAGCAUCUACGCAGCUCUCUAUUUUUUCCCGAUCCUAACGGUGCUUCAGGCAGUUGGAGGGGGCUUGCUGUACUAUGCCUUCCCCUACAUCAUCUUAGUGCUAUCUCUGGUUACGUUGGCUGUGUACAUGUCAGCUUCCGAAGUUGAUACUUUCAAGGAUCUCCUCGUCAGGAAGAAGAGGCUCAUUGUGCUGUUCAGCCAUUGGCUGCUUCACGCCUACGGGAUCGUCUCCAUUUCCAAGCUGAAUUACCAAGAUUUGCCUCUGCUGGCACUGGUGCCUGCACCAGCUCUUUUUUACUUGCUCACUGCCAAGUACACCGAGCCCACACGGAUACUCGCGGAGGGAGCCAAUGGACAUUGACCUUAAUGGAUGCCAACCCAUGGAAACAGCAGGCUCUGUGAUCUUUGGAGCAAUCUGGGCCCAUCUGUCCUUCUCAUCUUAAGAGAAGUCAUUGGUUCUCUCUGGAACAUCUCCCAUGUUAGGUUCUCUAGGUUCAGCAGUCCUACAAGGCAGACUCUUUUCUCCAUGAGCAACUGAUGGACCACCCGUUGCUUGGAAUAUCUCAUCAACAGCCGGAGCCAAAAGUUCUGUUGACUUCAGUGGCAAAGGAUAAAGGCCCAUCCCUGUACAGACAUUGGUGCAUGACUUGUGAAUGUGAAAUAUUUUGUACAACGUUCUUGUUAAAACAGUCUGAAUAACUUAAUUUAUUUCACGGUGCAGUAUUGUAAUCUCAUCUUUAUUAAACGUAGUAAAGCUUCA